ACUCACUUCUGCUGCCACACUCUUUUGUGUUCUCUCUCUCUCUCUCUUUUUAUCAUCAAUCUUGUUCUUGAAACACACUGUGAAGAAGAAGAUGUCUACCAGCUUCUUAUCAUCUCCAGUUGCUGCAUCUGGCUAUGUUGGCCUCAAACCCAGCUCAAAUACUUUGUUUCCAGUUAUGGAGUCUGUUCCAUGGAGGAGGAAAACCAUCUCAAAUGGUUCAAAAACUCAUUGCAUGAAGACAUGGAAUCCAAUCAAUAACAAAAAGUUUGAGGCCCUCUCCUACCUCCCUCCUCUUUCAGAUGACUCCAUUGCAAAGGAGAUUGAUUACAUGAUAAAAAAGGAAUGGAUCCCUUGCCUUGAAUUUGAUGAGAUGGGACAUGUGCGCAGGGAGAAUAGUAGGAUGCCAGGGUAUUAUGAUGGGAGGUAUUGGACUCUGUGGAAAUUGCCAAUGUUUGGAUGCAAUGAUUCCUCUCAAGUUCUGAAUGAAAUCCAUGAGUGCAAGAAGGCGUACCCAGAUGCUUACAUUCGUUGCUUGGCAUUUGACAAUCAGAAACAGGCUCAGUGCAUGGCCUUUGUCAUUCAGAAACCCACCAACUGAAACUUCUUUUUGUAGAGGUUUUGAGGAAGAAGUUCGCUGUUUUCUAUAAUACAAUAAGUUGAAUGGUUGAUUGUUUGUUGGAGAAACUUUUGGUUUAAAUAAUCAAUCAAUCAAAAUAAUGUGCCUGUACUUGUUUUGAGAACACAGUUUUUAAGUUGCUUUUCUGUGGGCAACUUUUGGGAAUACCAGAGGUUUUUCAUUUGGCCAA